AUGUCUCAUUCCAUCUUGUUUGUCGGCGCUACUGGCAACACCGGCCGAGCUGUCGCUGAAACAUUGCCGAAAUUGCUCCAAUCAAACGACACUUUGUCCGGUCACCGCAUUAUUUCUCUGACUCGCUCCUCGGCCAGUCCAGUGGCACAAGAGCUUGCUAAAAUUCCUGGAGUUGAAGUGAUCGAGCAGAACUGGGUGGAAAUCACCGUCGAGUGGCUCCGCAAACACCAAGUCACCAGAGCUUUUAUUGCAUCCCACAAUGAGCCCAACCAAUUCGCCGAAGAGUCGACAUUUCACCUGAACACCCUCAACGCCGGCGUUAAGUAUGUUGUGCGGAUCUCGACCACUGCUGCAAACGUCCGCCCUGAUUGCCCUGCCUACUAUCCACGCCAGCACUGGGCUAUCGAGGCUCUCCUCAGCUCACCCGAGCUCAACAACCUACAGUGGACGUCUCUGCAGUCUAACGUCUUUUCGCCACUUAUCAUGUCCCCUGCUGCGGAGUUAAUCAGAAAAUACCGCAAGACUGGAGAGCAGGAUACUCUUCGGCUGAUGCUGUCAGAGGAUGCACCUGUCGGCAUUAUCGACCCUGACGAGAUUGGAGUUAUUGCAGCUCAUCUCUUGUCCCAGGAUGACACUUCCGUGCACAACAAGGCUAAAUACGUCUUGAAUGGACCAGAGGACAUUACUGGAAAGAAGAUUGUCGACAUGAUUGAGCAGCACAUUGGUACGCCCGUCAAGGAUGUUAGCUAUAAAGACGUCUCGUUCAUCGACAUGCUUUAUGAGUACCAGUACGCGGCAACCAAGCAAUCAAAGAACGUCAUCUAUUCCAUUCAACAGGCUCCUGAGACAGCGUGGGAAGGGAAAUGCUCGACUUCUACAUCCAGCAAGGAGGUCCUGGAGCUUGCUGCUCCAAAGCGCACACCUGCUGAUAUCCUGAAGUCUCUACUGGAGGGAUAG